GACGCUCGCCGCGCGAGCACCAGGAGGGGGAGACUCGGACUCGCUUAUCUCCCGCUGUGCUAACUUCAAACUGCCCCGGCUGGGGGAGUUGAGAGCGCGCAGACAGGGCGAGAAAACUUCUCCACCUAGAAAGUUUCACCUUGGCGGGGGCGGGGGAGGGGCGGGAGGAAAGGCGACCCCCUCCCGGACUGGCGCUGCUCGCGGGCGGCAGGAAGGGCGGGGGCCGAUUUCCCCCUCUGGGUGGUGCCAGUCCCCACCUCAGCGGUCCUAGGACCGGCGGACAAGGCGAACUACCCCGCGCGAGACAGACGGACACGUGCUGGGGCGGGCAGGCGGGAGAGCUCCUCGGUCGGGUCUCCUGGCGGUGCUUCCCGCCUGGACGCGCCCGGGGCGGCCGCGGGCCGCGCGCGCCGAUGCCCGGCUGAGUCACCCGUCGGGUAGCGCGCGGGUGAGAAGGGGCGGAGGGAGCGCGGCCGGCUGACGGACCCGGCACUCGGCUCGGCCCCGCCGCAGGUGACCCGGACGCUCUCGCCGCCCAGAGCGCCCCGAGCGCUUUGUGACCAGAUGCGGAACCCAGUGGAGGGCGCGAGCCAGAUGUGGGGCGACAGCUGACUUGCGGCAGCGAGGCGCGGAGUACGCGGGUGGUCUCUGCGCGACUGACUUCGCGGUUCUCGGACACCGCAAGAUAAGCUUCUCACCAUGAGGGCCCCUGCUGUGCUUGCACCUGGCAUCCUUGUACUUCUGUUUACCUUGGUGCAGAAGAGCUGUGGGGAGUGCAAAGAGGCACUAGUAAAGUCUGAGAUGAAUGUGAACAUGAAGUACCAGCUUCCCAACUUUACUGCAGAAACACCCAUCCAGAAUGUUGUUUUACACAAGCAUCAUAUUUACCUCGGUGCAGUUAACUAUAUUUACGUUUUAAAUGACAAAGACCUUCAGAAGGUUGCUGAGUACAAGACUGGGCCCGUACUGGAACACCCAGAUUGUUCCCCAUGUCAGGACUGCAGACACAAAGCCAAUUUAUCAGGCGCUGUUUGGAAAGAUAACAUCAACAUGGCUCUACUUAUUGACAUAUACUAUGAUGACCAGCUCAUUAGUUGUGGCAGUGUCCAGAGAGGGACCUGCCAGCGACAUGUCCUUCCACGCAGCAAUACUGCUGAUAUACAGUCGGAAGUCCAUUGCAUGUACUCCCCACAGGCAGAUGAAGAGCCUGGGCAGUGCCCUGACUGUGUGGUGAGUGCCUUGGGAACCAAAGUCCUGAUAUCUGAAAAGACUCGGUUCAUCAACUUCUUCGUGGGCAAUACCAUAAAUUCCUCGUACCAUCCAGAUAAUUCAUUGCAUUCAAUAUCAGUGAGAAGACUAAAGGAAACGCAAGAUGGUUUCAAGUUUUUGACAGACCAAUCUUAUAUUGAUGUCCUACCUGAGUUCAGAGAUUCCUACCCUAUUAAAUAUGUCCAUGCCUUUGAAAGCAAUCAUUUUAUUUACUUUUUGACUGUCCAACGAGAAACUCUAGAUGCUCAAACUUUUCACACAAGAAUAAUCAGGUUCUGUUCUGUAGACUCUGGAUUGCAUUCGUACAUGGAAAUGCCUCUGGAGUGUAUUCUCACAGAAAAAAGAAGAAAGAGAUCCACAAGGGAGGAAGUCUUUAAUAUUCUCCAAGCUGCAUAUGUCAGUAAGCCUGGGGCCCACCUCGCUAGGCAAAUAGGUGCCAACCUGAAUGAUGACAUUCUCUAUGGAGUGUUUGCACGAAGCCAGCCAGAUUCAGCUGAACCAAUGAAUCGCUCUGCUGUCUGUGCAUUCCCUAUCAAAUAUGUCAAUGAAUUCUUCAACAAGAUCGUCAACAAAAACAACGUGAGAUGUCUUCAACAUUUUUAUGGACCCAACCACGAACACUGCUUUAAUAGGACACUUUUGAGAAAUUCAUCCGGCUGUGAAGUGCGCAGUGAUGAAUAUCGAACGGAGUUUACCACAGCUUUGCAGCGUGUUGACUUAUUCAUGGGCCAAUUCAACCAAGUCCUCUUAACAUCUAUAUCUACCUUCAUUAAAGGAGAACUCACCAUUGCUAAUCUUGGGACGUCAGAGGGUCGCUUCAUGCAGGUUGUGGUUUCUCGAUCAGGAUCAUCAACCCCUCAUGUGAAUUUUCGCCUAGAUUCCCACCCUGUGUCUCCUGAAGCCAUUGUGGAGCACCCAUUAAACCAAAAUGGCUACACACUGGUUGUCACUGGGAAGAAGAUCACCAAGAUCCCACUGAAUGGCUUAGGCUGUGAUCACUUCCAGUCCUGCAGUCAGUGUCUCUCCGCGCCUCCCUUUGUGCAGUGUGGCUGGUGCCAUGAUAAAUGUGUGCAGUUGGAGGAAUGCCCCACUGGAACAUGGACUCAGGAGAUCUGUCUGCCUACAAUCUAUGAGGUUUUCCCAACUAGCGCACCCUUGGAAGGAGGGACAAUGCUGACCAUAUGUGGCUGGGACUUCGGAUUCAGGAGGAAUAAUAAAUUUGAUUUAAAGAAAACCAAAGUUCUCCUUGGAAAUGAGAGCUGCACCUUGACCUUAAGUGAGAGCACAACAAAUAUGCUGAAAUGCACAGUUGGUCCUGCAGUAAAUGAGCAUUUCAAUAUAUCCAUAAUUAUUGCAAAUGGUCGAGGGACAGCACAAUACAGUAAAUUUUCCUAUGUGGAUCCUAUAAUAACAAGUAUUUCUCCAAGUUACGGUCCUAAGACUGGUGGCACCUUGCUAACUUUAAAUGGAAAGUACCUGAACAGUGGGAAUUCUAGACACAUUUCAAUUGGUGGAAAAACAUGUACUUUAAAAAGUGUGUCAGAUAGUAUUCUCGAAUGUUAUACCCCAGCUCAAACCACUCCAACUGAGUUUCCUAUUAAAUUGAAAAUUGACUUAGCCAACCGAGAGAUGAACAGCUUCAGUUACCAAGAAGACCCCAUUGUCUAUGCAAUUCAUCCAACCAAAUCUUUUAUUAGUGGUGGGAGCACAAUAACAGCUAUUGGAAAAAACUUGCAUUCAGUUAGUGUCCUGAGGAUGGGAAUAAAUGUACAUGAAGCAAGAAGGAACUUUACAGUGGCAUGUCAACAUCGCUCUAAUUCAGAGAUAAUCUGCUGUACAACUCCUUCACUGCAACAGCUGAGUCUGCAGCUCCCUCUGAAAACCAAAGCCUUUUUCAUGUUAGAUGGGAUCCAUUCCAAAUACUUUGAUCUCAUUUAUGUACAUAAUCCUGUGUUUAAGCCUUUUGAAAAGCCAGUGAUGAUCUCAAUAGGCAAUGAAAAUGUACUGGAAAUUAAGGGAAAUGAUAUUGACCCUGAAGCAGUUAAAGGUGAAGUGUUAAAAGUUGGAAAUAAGAGCUGUGAGACUAUAUACUCAGAUUCUGAAGCUGUUUUAUGCAAGGUCCCCAAUGACCUGCUGAAGUUGAACAACGAGCUAAAUAUAGAGUGGAAGCAAGCAGUUUCUUCAACCAUCCUUGGAAAAGUAAUUGUUCAACGAGAUCAGAAUUUCACAGGAUUGAUUGUUGGUGUUAUCUCAAUAUCAUUAAUAGUCUUACUAUUACUUGGGCUUUUCCUGUGGCUGAAAAGGAGAAAGCAAAUUAAAGAUCUGGGCAGUGAAUUAGUUCGCUAUGAUGCAAGAGUACACACUCCUCAUUUGGAUAGGCUUGUAAGUGCCCGAAGUGUAAGCCCAACUACAGAAAUGGUUUCAAAUGAAUCUGUAGACUACCGAGCUACUUUUCCAGAAGAUCAGUUUCCUAACUCAUCCCAGAAUGGAUCAUGCAGACAAGUACAGUAUCCUCUGACAGACCUGUCCCCUAUGCUUACUAGUGGGGACUCUGAUAUAUCCAGUCCAUUACUGCAAAAUACUGUCCACAUUGACCUCAGUGCUCUAAAUCCAGAACUGGUCCAGGCAGUCCAGCACGUAGUGAUUGGGCCGAGUAGCCUGAUUGUGCAUUUCAAUGAAGUCAUAGGAAGAGGACAUUUUGGGUGUGUAUACCACGGGACUUUGUUGGACAAUGAUGACAAGAAAAUUCACUGUGCUGUGAAAUCCUUGAAUCGAAUCACUGACAUAGGCGAAGUUUCCCAGUUUCUGACUGAGGGAAUCAUCAUGAAAGACUUUAGUCAUCCAAAUGUUCUUUCACUUUUGGGAAUCUGCCUUCGAAGUGAGGGGUCUCCACUGGUGGUCCUACCAUACAUGAAACAUGGAGAUCUUCGAAAUUUCAUUAGAAAUGAAACUCAUAACCCAACUGUAAAAGAUCUUAUUGGCUUUGGUCUUCAAGUAGCCAAAGGCAUGAAAUAUCUUGCAAGCAAAAAGUUUGUCCACAGAGAUUUGGCUGCAAGAAACUGUAUGCUGGAUGAAAAAUUCACUGUCAAGGUUGCUGAUUUUGGCCUUGCCAGAGACAUGUAUGAUAAAGAAUACUAUAGCGUACACAACAAAACAGGUGCCAAGCUGCCCGUGAAGUGGAUGGCUUUAGAAAGUCUGCAAACUCAGAAGUUUACCACCAAGUCAGAUGUGUGGUCCUUUGGCGUGCUUCUCUGGGAACUGAUGACAAGAGGAGCACCACCUUAUCCUGAUGUCAAUACCUUUGAUAUAACAGUUUACUUGUUGCAAGGCAGAAGGCUCCUACAACCCGAAUACUGCCCAGAUCCCUUAUAUGAAGUGAUGCUCAAAUGCUGGCACCCUAAAGCUGAGCUGCGCCCAUCUUUUUCUGAACUGGUCUCCAGGAUAUCAGCAAUAUUCUCUACUUUCAUUGGGGAGCACUACGUCCAUGUGAACGCUACCUAUGUGAAUGUCAAAUGUGUUGCUCCAUACCCUUCCCUGUUGUCUUCACAAGAUAACAUUGAUGGCGAGGGGGACACAUGACAGAUGGAUACCUCACAAGCCCCCUUCUGAGAAGCGUCACAGAACUUGCCAAACGGUAGUCUACACUUUGUUCAAUUUUUUUUUUUUUUCACUGCCUGGCCAUUGAAAGGGCACCAGAUAUUUUUGCUUUUGCCAAGAUUGCACUAUUAUAGGACUUUAUAUUGCUAUUUAAAAUGACUGGAUUCUAACGAAUUUCUCAGCUGACGGAGCAUCAGAGCCAGAAGCUUUGUCCCAUGGGCCAGUGACCAACAGAAACCCCACAGCUGUGAUGAUGCUCCUGUGCUUUCAGGCCAAAACCUGAAUUCCAGGUCGAAAUUUUUAAAAAUCAGGAUCCUACAUGAUUUCACAUGAGGAACAGAGGCAAUGAAUUUUGACGGCUUCUUGGUCACAGAAAAUUCAGAAGAAAUGGUAAAGUCCGGGACAGAUGUGGCCCCAGUACCAAGCCAUUCAUUUGCAAUUUAAGUGUUUCAAAGAACUUUCAUGUGUUGUAUGGUCACUAGUAUUUUUUUAUUACUGAUGUUGUCAUUUGCCCAUUAGGCAAACAUUCCCUUUUAAAUUUUUGUAUCACAUUCCUUUUAAUGGAGAAAUAUCCAAAGACAACACAGUGAACAUUUCAAAAUGGCAGGAUAUGAAAUGUGUUUAUAAAUUAAUAGGGACAUUUACAUAUUGUAUAUAGAUGACAUUAAGAAGGUUCUCAUAAAAUAGCUUAGUCACAAUGAAAAACUUAGUUGUCAUUUAGAAAUCAACUGAGAAUGAUACUGUUCUGAUGAUUGUGGACAUUUAGAUCGUUUGUCUAUUUUUUUAUGACGACUCU